AUGGUGCCGGUGACGCCUGCGCAAAAGAAGUCAUCGAUACACUCUGUAUACGAAGUGCCGGGCUCGCGCUUGCCGGUGCGCACGCCACAGUCCAAGCCACAUGCUCCGCAGCGCACGCCACGACCAAGUGUGCUUGGCGAGUCGAUGCGGGAGAACAUGUACAGCCUCGCGCGGGACAGGAGCGUGGACGAGGUUGCCAAGACUGCCGAAGCGCAUAUGGAGGCGCUGCGGCGAGAGAAACAUGCGCUGCUAAAUGAGCGAGAAGACUUGCGCACCGAACUACAAUUGGGACGCCAGCGAGAGCUCAAGUUGCGUGGAUCUCUUGAAAAGCAGGAAAAAAGGAUACAGCGGUACAAGGAGCGUGCGACCCAUUUUACUCAGUCGCAGAUGCACGUUGACGAGCAGCUGGCAGUGGCCCAGGAACAGGUGGCCGAGUAUGCUGAAAUCAAUGCGCAGCUGUCCGCAAAACUGGACACAUUGCAAUCCGCGCAAGAUGAGCAAUGUAUAGACAACGAGGUUACCCCUUACAUCUACUCACUCACUCGCACUGCCGCUCGUUUGCUUGCGUCGGCACAAGAAGCAAAGACAAGCGCUACAACGCAGCUUGUGAUACCCGCGACGCCCCCGCGUGAUGACACGGCUGCUGUCGAGCAUAUACAGACACUCCAAGAGCAGCGAAAUGUGCUUAUGGACGCACUUUGUGGCGCCGAGGAGCAAAAUUCUGUGUUGCAGCGCACGUGUGAUGCGCUGCGAGACCAGGGGGAACUGCAUGCAUGGUGCGACACAGUUGACACGGAGCAUACCGCGACGCUUGCAUUUGAUAACGCAUGCAUGCAUGCAGACCUGCAUUACCUCGAGACAAAACUGGAGAUGGAAAAAGACCGCUCCGCGUGGCUCGAGUCACAACUGGACCAUACCCGCACCAUACACAGCAAAGUGCUCGCGUCUCUUGCUGCGUCGCACCGCCGCGAUAAGGAGUCGGCGAAUACAACGCGCGACUGUACGCUGCAAGCGGAGCUCAACGAGACGCGUGCAAGCGAAGCUAGCUUGCGUGCCAAGAUGGCUCAGUUAAUGGACGACUUGGAGCGUUUAUCUUUCUACGAAGAAGCGUACGCGGCGCAAUCGCGCCAAUCUAACCUUCUUGCUGAGCUGGCUGCGCUGGCACAAGAGACUUGCUCUACGGGGCGAGGCUCGCGCGAGCUAGAGUUGCUUGAUGCUCGUCUGGACGCGUCGCGCGCAGCGACAGACGCAUUAACGCGGCACCGCGAUAGACUGCAUGGUUUUGGCACCUAUUUGGCGAAGGAAGGGCACGCAGAGGGAGUGUAUACGCGUCGGAAUAGUGGCUAA